CCCUCCAGGUGCCGUCUCUGCUUCACCGCCCCGUGUCCAACCGGUGAGGAGAGGCUCUCGGACGCUGGGGACUGCAGUCGGGUCAGCUGGUUCGUAACGCGGAGGUCAUGACCGCAUGGAUUUGUUGUGGGGACAAGAACUCGCAGAUGUUUUCCUUGAAAACCACAGUUAUGUUGCUGCAGCCAAAAUACUGAGAACCCCUAUCAGCUGCUAUGAGUAGCCUGUAACUUAAAAUCUGUGAAAGUGUUUGCUUUCUCGAUGCUACAAGAUCUGUGCCACUUCUCCUGGGCUCCGAUGUCCAGCCAACGGCUUCGUGUCAGCUGCACAAUGCUGCGUCCCAGGGACCACAGUGUGAGGCAGAGGUGAACCCAGGAGACUGUGGCUACCAGCUCAGCUGCCAGGAUGACCAAAGCGCGGCUCUUCCGGCUUUCAGUGGUGUUGGGCUCCAUCUUCAUGAUCCUUCUGAUCAUCGUGUACUGGGACAAUGUGGGGACAACUCACUUCUAUCUGCAUACAUCCUUCUCCAGGCUUCACCCCCUGGGAGCCCUCCCCACCGUCGCUCAGGACAAAGACCGGGAAGCCUUGUCAGAUGUGGAUGAGUUUUUGGAGAAGCUGCUUAGUUCUGGCUUGAGGCAGAACAGCCUCAGCACCAGGAAGACGGAGCAGCCUCCCCCACAGGGAUCCAGCCAGCCUGUCUUGGGUAACUUGGAGGAGAAUGUGAGAGGCUACGAUUGGUCCACCCAUGACGCCAGAGUGAGCCUGGACCAGGAGAAGCUGCAGGCCGAGAGGCGGAGGAUGCUGCAGGAGUUCUGCGCCAAUUCCAGCUUCGCCUUCCCCACCAAGGAGCGCUCCUUCGAUGAUAUCCCCAACUACGAGCUCAACCACCUCAUUGUGGACGAUCGCCACGGCAUCAUCUACUGCUACGUCCCCAAGGUGGCCUGCACCAACUGGAAACGGGUGAUGAUCGUACUGAGCGAGAGCCUGCUGGAUCAGGGCGUCCCUUACCGGGACCCCCUGGACAUCCCCCGGGAACAUGUCCACAACACCAGCACUCACCUGACGUUCAACAAAUUCUGGCGCCGCUAUGGGAAGUUCUCCCGUCACCUCAUGAAGAUCAAACUGAAGAAAUACACCAAGUUCCUCUUUGUGCGUGACCCCUUUGUGCGCCUCAUCUCCGCCUUUCGCAGCAAGUUCGAGCUGGAGAACGAGGAGUUCUAUCGGCGGUUCGCCAUCCCUAUGCUGAAGCUCUACUCCAACCACACCAAUCUCCCCACCUCUGUUAGCGAGGCCUUUGGGGCAGGCCUCAAAGUCUCCUUUUCUGACUUCAUCCAGUACUUACUGGACCCUCGGACAGAGAAGAUGGCCCCUUUCAAUGAGCACUGGAGGCAGGUGUACCGCCUCUGUCAUCCGUGCCAGAUAGAUUAUGACUUUAUUGGGAAGUUGGAGACCUUGGAUGAAGAUGCAGCUCAUCUGCUGCAGCUUCUCAAAGUGGACAGGCUACUCCGCUUUCCUCCCAGCUACCGAAAUAGAACUGCCAGCAGCUGGGAGGAGGACUGGUUUGCCAAAAUCCCUUUGGCAUGGAGGAGGCAGCUGUACAAGCUGUAUGAGGCAGAUUUUGUACUCUUUGGCUACCCCAAGCCAGAAAACCUCCUUAAAGGCUGAAAGUGGGGGUGUGGGAGGGCACGGGAGGGACACCCCAAAUACCCCAAACCCCAUGAAAGGUUUAAAGUCUCCUACUUCCUGGCUCACAAUUCAGUAUAUAUAUUUUUUCUACUGCUUCCCCUUCCACAUGUGCAUUAUUGCAGGAAACCAGAACACUCCCACCGGCUGUGCCCACACAGAGGACACCCCUCCCCUCACCAUAGUUUGGUUUUCAGACAGCCCCAGUCACUCCCUCACCUGUGUCCUCGGUCACUUUUUCUUAAUACUUUUUUAAAAUUAAUAUAUUUAAACUAUUUAAUAUGAAGCGUGUGUUGUGGCACAGGAAGGGAUGGAGUAAAAGAAAAGAAAGAUGGUGAACCUGCCCUGGCGUGUGGUCUCAGUGCUGUCUGCAAUGGGGAUAUUGGUCUGGGGAGUGGUAGAAGUUACAGGGUGUUUAGGGCCAAACUUGGAGGGGGAGCAGGCACUGCCCUAUGCAUCAUCAUGGAACUGCAGAGAUCUUAGUUGGGCCUGUUGCUAGUUGAACAGGUACCAUGCAUGACACUUCUAUAUAGCAGCAUGAGUUGUGGACAUAAUGUGGGUGACUGGCUAAUCGGCAAAGGAAGAGACCAGUCUUGGAAGGAGAGUGUGGAUGCACUUGGGAAGGGGCCUGGCAUGUUCUGGGGGGACAUUUUCUCUGGGUGGAGGGUCCAUUCAGGGUCUGCAUGCCACUGGAGGUGGCACAGAGGCAUCCUGCUGGCUUUCUGCACUCGGGGAGACUGGCACCCAUGGAAGUCUAGGUCCUUCAUAGAGCGUGUGUUCCUCAGUCGCUGCAGCAGUGCACUCAAACCAUAUGCUUGCCCCAGCUGCGACCACUGGAGCUGGAUCCCAUGAUGACAGCGUGGGUGUAGCCUGUCCUUGUGUCUGCUGUUAGUGGUGCUCAAGGGUCCUACUCCCUCCAGGGUGUGUUGUUCUCAGCCUCACAUGCCUCUACUCUAUGGGAAGAGCACGUCCCUGAAUUAAUUAUCCUCUCAAAAUCAGCAGCCGGGUUUCGUGGGUGACUUGUUACCAUAACAGAACAAAACAAAAGCAGCUAAAUCCUGAGCAUGGACAUCAGAGCAUUGACCCUUCUGAGACAGGGUGGUUGGUGACUUAGGUAUGGGCUGCUUGUCCCUGUUCAUUGCCUUCUGAUUCAAUAUGGGCAACUCCUGGCCAGGGUACGUAUUCCCAUCCCAGAACUUGUUCAGGGAAUGUAGCUGGGAUGCAGCAAAUUCUCUCUGCUAGAUGAACGUCCGAGUGAAGUGGAGACACUGUUUCCCAAGCCAUCGCUCAUGACGUACUGUCCUUGGUCAGAGCCUUUCUAUUUAUACUGCCAGAACGAUGCAGAUUAGAUGUUUUGCUCCAGCCGCCGCGGCAGAAGCACUGGCUGCCUGCUGUGCAAGAAGUGUGUGGGCUUUUUCCCAUAGGAAGUGCCUGCGUUCAGGAGUGCUUCAGGUCUGAUCAGCUCAAUUGCUAUUUCUGCCUUUCUUGUGAAUUGGUAAAGAAGAGCUGGCUAUCUUGCACUCCUGAUUGCAGCCCCUAAAAUGUGCACCUGCCACUGCUUACCUCUUUCCAAGCCCUGUUGGUACUGUUAAUAGCCUAGAGAUGAGCUCCCUUUGCAACUACAGUGUGGCCUCCCAGUCUCACCUUGUGCUCUCAUAUUUGCUUGUGCUCUUCCUAGGAGCAUCAACAGGCUGGGAUCUUCUCUUCUGUCUCAGGUGCCCUCCAUUCCUCCAUAUGGAUCUUCCUUUCCUCCUGUUCCCUGCCCAUCCCUCUAUUCCACUAGUUUCCCUCCUUGAAAGCACCCAGCCACUGCACUCAACUUUCACUUGUGAGUGAAAGGUUAACAGCUUGUGGCCACACCAAAAGCCUGCUGCCUGAUCCUGAGCAUGAUCAUGCCAUUUAUUUUACAUGCGUGUCGCUUCAACAGAGGCUUUCUUGAUUUACACCUUUGUGAAGCCAGAAUCGGGUCUCUGGAGCCCUCCAUUGCGCCAGUGUGGCAGGGAGAGCAGCAAGGAAGUGGUUAAAGGGAAGUUACUUUUCUGGGUUUUUAGCUGCAUUGAAAACUAAUAACUGAAGAGUCCAACUUUCCAGCUGCUUAAUUUUUUUUUCAAUCACCAGGAAAUUACUGCAAAAUGGAAAGACGCUGGCAAUCUUGCCUCCCUUAAUGAGAAGUAAUGGGGGGUCCCUAGGUCCUCAUUUCUUUUAAUUUCUUAAGGGUGAGAUGGGAAGGGUUCAUGUCAAAAUCUAUUUAAAUGUUUUAAUCUAUGCUCUUUGCAAUUAUUCUUUUGCUCUGAAUUUAAUUGGUCCUUUAAUAGUGGUGGGAGUAAGAGCCUGGUAAUGUGACACAGGCUUUGUGCCAAACCCAACAUUGGCAGAGGGGCCAAAAAACUUCCCUGUUGCUCGAGUCUUGGUUCUCCCACCCCCACGCUGGGUGGCCACUCUGCAGGAGUGACCCAUGCUAUCCCAGCCCCCUUCCCAUGCCUAAACCAGUGCCUCUGGGCUGCUCUCCAGAGCAGAGCCUGCCCUGGCUGCUUUCCUCGUAUGGGUCCAUGUGGAAAUCACUGGAUGGACGUUGUUCGUUGCCUGCAAAGUGCAAAUCGGUUGAAGGGUGGGGGUGGGUGCAGCAUUACGUUGGUGACAGGAUGCGGGUUACAGAGUCAGCAGGGAGCUGUUGGAAUGGUUGCAAACCCCAUCUGCCAAUGUGUGGGGGAGCUCUGCCAAUGCCAGGGGGAGAUAAAUUGUGUUCAGGACCCUACAGGAAGAGCAGUAAAGCUCUAAGCUGGACCUUCCCCUGACCUUUCAUGAGUCAGGGAAUCGCCUCCAGGUUCAAAAUAGCUUUGGGUGGCUGCUGGUUCCUCUCGACGACUCCACAGCUGAGAAUUUGCUGUUAAAAGGCCAGAAAUUGGACGUGCUGCACCGAAAGCCUCGUGGCGAGACCGCUGUGCUCCCAGCGCUGGGAUGGAGCUGCUGGUUCAGGAAUGUGCAUGUGGAUUAAAGCCACGCAGUUCUCGUGCUGUUCUGAUGAAGCAAAAUAGGGGGGAAAGUAAAACCAGGCAUCCGAAUUUCAGCUUGGUUAGCAAGCCAGAGGAAGUCGCGCCUGGCAGACAGGUGGAAUCGCUAGUAGGGGCAGGCACCUAUGUUUUUUUGCAGCGUCUGUGAUGGUUCAGCGAGCAACAGAGGGGCUAAAGUCUGGAUGGCUGAGAUGGCUGCAAUGUCAGGGCUGGGUAGAAGCAUCUCCUUGCAGCUCUUUCAAGCACUUAAAUACAUUUUGGCUUUGACCAUUACGCUCCAUCUGCAAAUGAGGGGUUUCCAUUUUCCGCAGCCUGCCGUGAAGGGCUCUGCAAUGCUUCUAAUGGUACAGUGUAUGCGCAUGGGUGCGUGGAUGUACUGGGGUCUUAGCAGGCAUGGCUUGGGGAAUGCCCAUCCUCAUGAGCAUACCCAACCUACCUAGGAAUCACAUAAAUGUCACAUUCAGGAGGUCAGCAGUAAACUCUGCACGGGUAGUUGCCUUAAGACGGUUAGCCAGCAUGACAUGGGAUGCCUACUUCCAAGUGCUCAGAUCCACCAGACUUGGUAUGUGCCCCAGAAGAAUACUGUGCUCCUGUAUGGUCCAGAAGGACACAGAUACUUUGUACCUCUCAGGCAUUAGACCAAGUGAUAUAGGGAGGCACCCUAACAUCAUUACUGGCAAUAGAGGCAAGAGAUGAUGAAAAUCGCCAGCUCCAUCAGCUUUAACUGAAGACCCAACAGAUGGAGGCUUGAGGCUUAAAAGUUGUAAACCAUUUGUACAUGAAGCCCACAAGCUCCUGGAAGAGACUGGGGAUGCUGAACCAAACCUGUGGACAGCAACAGAGUUUUUCUAUUCCUACAGAGUUUUAUACCAACACCAAACGAGUCCCGCAUUGGGCACAACCUUGACAAAAAAGUGUGGGUCAAGCUGAACAGACUGAGAUCUGGCUACAGACGCUUCAGAACAGCACUUCAUCAGAUGAACGUCUUGGAGAGCCCUCUGUGAAUGCAGUGCCCAGCAGACAGUAGAGCGGUUAUUUAAAAGCUGCAAACUUUACAGAUGUGCAGACAGUCGGGGGAAUCUGCACAUUGAGCGAUAAUACCAGACAGUGGCUUGUAGAUUUGGAAGCUCAUAUCUGACACUAUAUGAAAGAAAAAGGGGAAUGCCAAAAUGAGACCAAAUUGCAUGGCUUGAACGUGGCAUUUUCCAAGCAGUCAUUUUGUAGGUGUGGUGGUGCUCCAGGUGAUGUGCUGUCUGACCUAUAGUACUUGCCUAAAGCUCACACUGAAAUCACUGGAAAUUCAAGGUACAGACAGCCCAGGGGUCAGAGAGGUGUGCGUAGUGAUGGUGUGAUAUGGCACAAGCAUAAAGUGGCCUGUGUGUGCACGUGUGCCUGUGUGUGUCUGCAUCUCAGCUGGCAGCUGCUUGACCCUUUCGUGGUGGGCGAUGGGGAGCAAGGCAGGAAUCCUAAUGCCUGUGGCCAUCGUCUGGGGCAGCUUUGCCAGCACGCAUGAGGGUAUGAAACACCCCAGUAUGGCAGAGCCUUUGAACUCCUGCUGGCAGGGUCUAGAGCAAGCCUAGGCAGAUGAAUGGCAGCAUUGAUGGGGUGGGGAAGAAAAGAGGGUUUGUUUCUCCUUGAAGCAGAGCCAUUACCACAGUGAGCAGGCUAGGCUGGUGCCCUGGCAGCGUCUCAUGCUGCUGUGGUACGGGGCGAUGCCAGGGACAGCGUUUGUGUGCAGGGACUUGACAAAUAACCCUGCAGCUCAAUGGAAAGGCUUGUCCACAAUAUUUGCCAUAGGAAACUCUCCAGCCAAGGGCAAAAAUGGAACCAGGAAUGAACAGAACUGCAGACGUGUGGGUGGGUGGGGGAGCAGAGGGGAGGGCACUGGAGGGCGACAACCCACUUCUCCAGGAGAGUGAGAUAUGUGAAUCCUGGCUGCCGCUCAGACUUGGGCAUCUCAAGAUUUUCCCCUGGAGCAGUUUGAAGCUGUUGGAUACUGUCAACCAUGAGGUUCCUCUGAGGUUUGGGGAGGAGACUUUGAAGUCCGCUCUCCUUCUACACUUCCAAUGCUCAGGGCAGACUCCCCACCAGGCCUGAGCUCUGGGUGGAGGGGCUGGGGGCCGUAGUGGGAGAAACCCCGUGCCAUGCAACACCUGUGCCAGGAACUCAUGCUCCUCUCAGUCCUGUUCCCCUCAGGUGUCUGCAUCCCCCAAAAAGACCUCUGUGUCCCCAUGGUGAAGGUCCCUGGACACCGGCAGUGUGGGUAGCUCUUGUGACUCCUUUCACUGGGCUUCUUGCACAAGGCUCAGAUCACCUCCACUUGCACGGCUGGGUCGGCACGGGGGAAUGACACCAGCAGUGUGGGUAGCUCUUGUGACUCCUUUUGCUGGGCUUCUUGCACAAGGCUCCGAUCACUUCCAUUUGUGCCUCUGGGCCAGCACGGGGGAGCGUGCCCUAAGUGAGAAGCCUGAGCCUCAUUAAACUGCCAAAUAAAACCCAGCAUGGCUGUGCUCGGCGGGAGCUGUUUGGGCAAGUGCUGCUACCAGCUGUUACUCAUUACCCUGCAGGCUGCUGAGGGCAGGAAAGGACUGCAGGAGUCUGGAUGAGCCUCUGCAAAGAUAAUGCUAAACCACGAAGCUGGGCUCUGAGGACUGACGUGUCGGGGGUCUGUGCAAGCAGUGUUGCCCCCGAGUGAGGGAAGGAGCCUACUCUUCUGAGUCAGGGAUUUGUGCACUGAGAAUUGGGCUGUUAGAAAAGGCUCAGCUUGCGUGCAUGUCCCAGACUGGGUAGUUUUGUAGCAUGCAUCUGGGUGAGUAAAUGUACUAGAGGUCCAGAGUCUAGAUCUGUGGUCCUUUUAUUCCAAUUUGCCUGCUUCAAGGACUCUUAGGGUGUGGGGAAAUGACUUGGGAAUAGUAGCCUCCAGUGCACAGGAUCUCUGUGGCUGGGACAGCAGGGUUAGCCCUUCCCUAAAAUAACAGGCUCAUUCAUAGUGUACUUUACUAGGCAAUCCUGCAUUUCCCAGGGCCUGGUGUAUAAGUAGGCUUGAGGGUGGGUAUCAAAUGGAGCGCGCUUAACUCCUCGCUUUGUGCCUCCCAUCGUUAUGGGAAUGGGAAACUCAGGACUGGGUCCCCACUGUCUUUGGCUUUGUAGGAGCUGUUGUCCUGUCCCAUCAGACAAAUAGCUUUCAGAGUUUCCAUCAGGAUAACAUCGGGCACCCUCAGGUGACACAGUCUCCUUCGUUACAGUGGCCUGUUGUCUUGCCUGCCCUGCAGCUCCUUUUCAAUUCCUGGAUUUAGCUUUGGAAGCCCUCUAAGGAACCACUCCAUCCUCAGAGAGACUGCCAGUCCUUUGCUCAGUCCCUCUUGGUGAGCAGGGGGUGCAAUUUGCCUGGUUUUCUUCACUCUUUUCCUUAUUUUGCAAGUGCGAAAUCCAUGGCCAUGCAGCGCGCUUCCUGCUACGAGAGAAAUGUUAGGUCAGGUGCCCUGCACCUAGAGACAAGGCAUGUGAGCAAAGCCACUCGGGGCUUGUCUGUGCAUGCAGUGGAGAGAGGUCCUGUCUCUCUCUGCUCUGAAAACAGCCUCACAUUUCCUCCCGCAGUCACUUCAGUAGUUCAAACCUCUGCCAUGCUCUGAAGCACCUGCCCCCCAAACGCCCACCUUCUGGCAAUUCAAAGGAGCUGCUCCGCUCCUAGCCCCGGGUGCUUCAGCGCGGCCAGGCGGCCUCUCCUCCGGCGGGUCCCCUGCACGUGUGACAGACAGUGCGAGGGGAGGACACCAGCCAGCAGAGGCGGCCGGGGUGUUGAGCGGCUGGCGGUACAUUUCUAUACAAUAAACUGUU